UCGCUUGAAUUGUGCAAUGACCCGCCGUCACAUGGAGUCCAAGCGUCACUCGUGCGAUGUAUGCGGCAAGUCGUUCACGGAGCUGUACGCUCUGCGCCGGCACGAGCGCGUCCACACCGGUGAACUUGUGGAGAAGAAGCACAAGUGUACCAUGUGUGAUAAACGGUACAGUAACAGCAGUCUACUAGCGACUCACAUGUCGCGCCACAUAGGGCUUCGCCCCUUCGAGUGCAGCGUCUGCGGGAAGCGCUUCACGACCAACCGACUGCUGUCUUCGCAUCGACUAGUACAUUCUGAGAGCAAGCCCUAUGCCUGCCAGUAUUGUGAAAAACGUUUCCGUCACGAGUCGACGCGCAACACGCACCACCGCACGCACACGGGCGAGAAGCCCUACGUCUGCGCCGUCUGCGGGAAGAGCUUCAUACAGAACUCCAACCACACGCAGCACAUGCGGACACAUACCGGUGAACGCCCAUACUCAUGUUCGAUAUGCGAUCGCAAGUUCUCAUCGGGGUCUUCACUGAAGAGUCACGAACGAAUACAUUCAGGAGAAAGACCAUACAGCUGUGAUGUUUGUGGAAAAGGGUUCACCCGCAAGAACUUAAUAGCGCACAUGCGCCAGCACACGGGUGAGCGUCCGUACGAGUGUAGUCUGUGCAACAAGAAGUUUCCGAAUUCCACCAGACUCAGGGAUCAUCAUAGAGUGCAUACUGGUGAAAAGCCGUUUGAAUGCACAAUCUGCCCUCAAAAAUUUGCAACGAAAUCUCAACUGUUGAAACAUUGUAAAACCCACCAAAAGAAGAAGAGGCGAACUGAAACCCGUGGUCUAGUCAUAUUGCAACAAGUCGAACCCGUUCCCAUGGUUACCGAUAGACUAAUAUUCAAUAAGGAGCACGGCCAAUUAAUUGCAGUUACUGAAAAUAUUGAGAACAAGACGCUUGAAAACACACCCAAAGAAAUGACUUUGAACAUGGUGCAAGAAAUGCCCUUAGAAGUUACAGAAGAAUUAGUGUUACAAGAUGAUAGUAAUAUGAAGGGAAACCUUUUAGUUGUCGAUAGUAGCCCAAAUAAUAACUAUGAAGCUGGCAACAUUUGCUUGAACACAAGCAAUGUCAAUAUUAUUGAUGAUGUUAACUAUGAUGGUGAAAACCUGGUAACACUGAAUGGAGGCGGAGUCAGUAUUUCUACAGCUAACCUCGAAGGUACUACAGUGAAACUGUACCAGUUAGACCAAAGUUUAGUACAAAUACAUAGUUCUGGUGGGCAAGUCACUAUUAGUAAGAUUAGUAGCAAAAUGACUGCCAACUUUUAGUUUUUAGUAUAAGAACAAAUUAAGUAAGAUGGCAAACAUUGAGGUAUUACAAUAGUAUUUAUUGUUAUUUUUAAUAUAUCCUUGUAUUUUAAACUUCUUUCCUUCUAAAGUAAGAAGCACAAUAAUAGAAAAAAUUGUUUUAUGUGAAUAAACAGUUAAUGAAGGUUUUUCCAAAGAUGGUCAUAUUCACAUUUAUU